AUCCUACAAUGUGAUUUUCUGGAUUUUUUCCCCCUCAUUUUACAUUUACAUUUACAUUUAAGUCAUUUAGCAGACGCUCUUAUCCAGAGCGACUUACAAAUUGGUGCAUACACCUUAUGACAACCAGUGGAACAGCCACUUGCAUCUAAAUCUUGUUGGGGGGGGGUGAGAAGGAUUACUUACCCUUACUUACCCUAUCCUAGGUAUUCCUUGAAGAGGUGGGGUUUCAGGUGUCUCCGGAAGGUGGUGAUUGACUCCGCUGUCCUGGCGUCGUGAGGGAGUUUGUUCCACCAUUGGGGGGCCAGAGCAGCGAACAGUUUUGACUGGGCUGAGCGGGAACAUUUUGUCUUUCAUAGUUGAAGUGUACCUAUGAUGAAAAUUACAGGCCUCUCAUCUUUUUAAGUGGGAGAACUUGCACAAUUUGGUGGCUGACUAAAUACUUUUUUGCCCCACUUUAGCCACGGGAGGGUUUUUCAAUACCGUCAAUACCUUUUUGAAACUCUUUCAAAUCAAAUGUUAUUUGUCACAUGCGCCAAAUAUGCGCCAUCUUUUCAGUCUCCUGAGGGGGAAAAGGUGUUGUCGUGCCCUCUUCGUGACUGGCUUGGUGUGCUUGGACCAUGAUAGUUUGUUGGUGGGGUGGACACCAAGAAACUUGAAGCUCUCGACCCGCAUCACUACAGCCCCGUUGAUGUGAAUGGGGGCGUGUUCUGCCAUCCUUUUCCGUCCUCUUCCACGAUCAGCUCUUUUGUCUUGCUUACAUUGAGGGAGAGGUUGUUGUCUUGGCACCACACUGCCAGGUCUCUGACCUCCUCCCUGUAGGCUACCUCAUCGUUGUCGGUGAUCAGGCCUACCACUUUUGUCGUCAGCAAACUUAAUGAUAAUGUUGGAGUCAUGCUUAGCCACACAGUCGUGGGUGAACAGGGAGUAUAGUAGGGGACUAAUCGGGCACACCUGAGUGGCCCCCGUGUUGAGGAUCAGGGAUCAGGGUCCUUAGCUUAGUGAUGAGCUUUGUGGGCACUGUGGUGUUUGAAUUCUGAGCUGUAGUCAAUGAACAGCAUUCUCACAUAGGUGUUCCUUUUGUCCAGGUGGGAAAGGGCAGUGUGGAGUGCGAUUGCGUCAUCUGUGGAGCUGACGGGAUGGUUUGCGAAUUGGAGUGGGUCUAGGGCUUCCGGGAUGAUGGUGUCGAUGUGAGCCAUGACCAGCCUUUCAAAGCACUUAAUUGCUACCGACGUGAGUGCUAUUUAGGCAGGUUACCUUUGCUUUCUUGGGCACAGGGAAUAUGGUGGUCUGCUUGAAACAUGUUGAUAUUACAGACUCAGUCAGGGAGAGGUUGAAAAAGUCAACGAGACACUUGCCAGUUGGUCCAGACAUGCUCUGAGUACAUGUCCUGGUAAUCCGUCUGGCACUGCAGCCUUGUGGGGCGGCAGGUAGCAUAGUGGUUAGAGCAUUGUUCUAGUAACCGAAAGGUCAGAUCAGGGAUUUGAUCUUGCAACAAGGUAAAAAUCUGUCUUUCUGCCCCUGAACAAGGCAGUUAGCCCACUGUUCCUAGGCCGUCAUUGAAAAUAAGAAUUUGUUCUGAACUGACUUGCCUAGUUAAAUAAAGGUCAAAUAAAAAAUAUAUAUAAAAAAUGUUGACCUGUUUUAAAGGUCUCGCUCACAUCGGCUAGGGAGAACGUGAUCACCCAGUCGUCCGGAACAGCUGGUGCUCUCAUGCAUGCUUCAGUGUUGCUUUCCUCGAAUCGAGCAUAAAAGGCAUUUAGCCUGUCUGGUAGGCUCACGUCACUGGGCAGCUUGCAGCUGGGUUUCCCUUUAGUCCGUAAUAGUUUGCAAGCCCUGCCACAUCCAACGAGCAUCGGAGCCGUUGUAGUAUGAUUCAAUCUUAGUCCUGUAUUGAUGCUUUGCUUGUUUGAUGGUUCGUCUGAGGGCAUAGAGGGAGUUCUUACAAGUGUCUGGAUUAGUGUCCCGCUCCUUGAAAGUGGAAGCUCUAGCCUUUAGCUCGGUGCGGAUGUUGCAUGUAAUCCAUGGCUUCUGGUUGGGAUAUGUACGUGUGGGGACGACGUCGUAGAUGCACUUAUUGAUGAAGCCGGUGACUGAGGUGGUAUACUCCUCAAUGCCAUUAGAUGAAUCCCAGAACAUAUUCUAGUCUGUGCUAGCAAAACUGUCCUGUAGCGUAGCAUCUGCCUCAACUGACCACUUCCAUAUUAAGCCACUGGUACGUCCUUCUUCAUUUUUUGCUUGUAAUCAGGAAUCAGGAGGAUAUAAUUAUGGUCAGAUUUGCCAAUUGGAGGGCGAGGGAGUGCUUUGUAUGCAUCUCUGUGUGGCGUAAAGGUGGUCGAGUUAAUUUUCCUCUGGUUACUCGUGACAUGCUGGUAGAAAUUAGAGGUGGACCGAUUAAUCGGCAUGGCCAAUUGGCCGAAGUUUUCACAACAAUCGGUAAUCUGCAUUUUUGGAUGCCGAUUUACAUUGCAAUCCACGAGGAGACUGCGUGGCAGGCUUGACCACCUGUUACGUGAGUGCAGCAUCAAAAGGACCUGGUGGCUGCAAGGAGCCACGGAAGGAACGUCCCAUCUCCAUGGGGUUAUUCCAGUUACCAGGAAGUGAUUUGACCCCUGACCCACAGAGGGAAACUGUGGAAACGCCGUCUGAACCCUGGAGAUAUAACGACCUGAGCCACCCUCACUCCAACAUCAGCCUUAAGGAUGAGAUGUCAAAUGCUAACCGUGGAGGCUCCAAGUCCAACCCACCUAUGUCUCCUAAAGGGGGCUCCAAGUUGGGGACCCCCAUGUCCAGCCAAGGAGCAGGCUCCAAAAUGUCCUCGCAGCAAGGUGGCUCUAAAUCGGCCACCCUGAUGUCUUCUCAAGAAGAGUCCAAAUUCAGUACCCCUAUUUCAUCUCAAGGGGUGGACUCAAAGUCGGUUACCCCAAUGUCCACGCAAAGCGGCGGCUCCAAAUCUGUCUCCCCAAUGUCCAGUCAAGGGGGCGGGUCUAUGUCGGCCACUCCCAUGUCUACUUCUGCGUCUGAUGUUGCCAUGGCAUCUGUGGGCACACCCCACCAGGAAGAGUUAGAGGAACUGAGCGAGGGUCUGAACAGGAACCUGGACAGAAGCGACAGGAAGCCCGAGAACAUCAGCAGUAAGAACACCACAGUACAGGAGGGACAGGACUCCGAGCUGAGAGGAGCAGGAGUCAGAGGAGGGUCAGGACCUCUCACAGACGCAGCAGAUGAUAACACUGAGUCAUCAGAGGUGCAGUCCAUCAUAGAGUCCACUCCUGAACUGGACAUGGACCUCAGUGGCUACAAAGAUGCCAGUACUCCUUCUAAAGGAGUAGGUAUAGAAAACAUGGCGUUCGACAGGAACACUGAGUCUUUGUUUGCGGAGCUGUCCUCGGCAGGACCCGACAUGGAAGUAGACAUAGCAGACAUGGACGAGGGGGCCGACCUGCUCGGUAUGGGUCGUGAAGUGGAGCACCUCAUCCAUGAGAACACUCAGCUGCUGGAGACCAAAAAUGCGUUGAAUGUGGUGAAGAAUGACCUGAUAGCGCGUGUAGAUGAGCUGUCGUGUGAGAAGGAGGUGUUGCAGGGAGAGCUGGAGGCUGUGACUCAGGCCAAGACUAGACUGGAGGAGAAGAACAAGGAGCUAGAGGAGGAACUCAGGAGGGUUCGGGUGGCAGAGGAAGACAAAGUGAAGACCAAGAGUGAGGAAGAUGCGGAUGUUCCCACGGCUCAGAGGAAGAGGUUCACCAGGGUAGAGAUGGCCAGAGUCCUCAUGGAGAGGAACCAGUACAAGGAGAGACUGAUGGAGCUACAGGAAGCUGUACGAUGGACAGAGAUGAUACGAGCAUCUAGAGAGAACCCUGCCGCCGCAGACAAGAAGAAAUCCAGCAUCUGGCAGUUGAGUUUCAGCCGGUUGUUCAGUUCAAGUGGUGGAGCAGCUAAGAAGCCGGCGGAGGCGGCUCCAGUCAAUGUAAAGUACAACGCCCCCUCGUCCCAGGUCCAGCCCUCCGUGAAGAAGAGGAGCGCAGCGCUGCAACAGCUACCCAGUGACAAGAGCAAGGCCUUCGACUUCCUCAAUGAGGAGUCUGAGGCAGGCAACAUGGUGUCUCGUAGGGAGCAGAAGAGAGCCCAGUACAGACAGGUGAAAGCCCACGUUGAGAAGGAAGAGGACGGCCGGGUACAAGCCUAUGGGUGGAGCCUGCCACAGAAUUUCAAGGUGGCCAACGGUGGUCAGACGUCCGAGAACAAGAUGAAGAAUCUACCUGUACCGGUCUACCUCCGACCACUGGAUGAGAAAGAUGCUACCAUGAAGCUGUGGUGUGCUGUAGGUGUGAACCUGUCAGGGGGUAAGACUCGUGACGGGGGGUCAAUAGUAGGAGCCAGUGUGUUCUACAGUGACCUGACCAGCUCUGGUCCUGAGAGCCGUUGCAGGAAGACAGGAUCACAGAGCAGUCUGGACAAACUAGACCAGGACCUGAAGGAGCAGGAGAAGGAGCUGCAUCACCAGGAGGAGCUGUCCUCUCUGGUCUGGAUCUGUACCAGUACUCAGGCCACCACGAAGGUCAUUGUCAUCGACGCCAACCAGCCUGGGAACGCCCUGGAGAACUUCUUAGUCUGUAACUCCCACGUCCUCUGCAUGGCCAGCGUGCCAGGUGCCAGAGAGACUGACUACCCGGCAGGGGAGGAGGUACCCCAUAACCCGGAGGCGGGGUCAGGUGCUGAGGGCGGGACUCUCGAAGCCAGCAUAACCAGUAGUGGCUCAGGGGGCGAAGCUGGAGUGCUGGCAGGGAUCAAUGUGGUUGGCUGCUCUACUGAGGUGGCGGUGGCUACCCCCCAGACAGCAAGCCCAGAGAAUGAGACCGACACAGACUUCAAGGCUGCAGAGGAGGCUACUGAAGCUACAGAGGCCAGUGCAGGUCCCGCAGGUCCGGAGCAUGACUUAAGUCAGAGGGGAGUCUACACUGAACAUGUCUUCACUGACCCUCUGGGUGUUCAGAGUACUAGCCCUGGGAAGUCGCCAGCCAACUACACACAGAGGGAGUCUGAUCUGGUAAAGGAUGGUGUGAGCUCCAACCCUAACCCAGAGGAACAGGACCUGAUGAGAGAAGAAGCCCAGAAGAUGAGCAGUGUUUUACCCACCAUGUGGCUGGGGGCACAGAACGGAUGUGUGUACGUGCACUCGUCAGUGGCCCAGUGGAGGAAGUGUCUCCACUCUAUAAAGCUGAAGGACUCUGUCCUGGGCAUCGUCCAUGUGAAGGGGAGAGUGUUGGUGUCUCUGGCUGAUGGAACACUGGCUAUCUUCCACAGAGGAGUGGAUGGUCAGUGGGAUCUGACCAACUACCACCUGUUAGACCUGGGCAGACCCCACCACUCUAUCCGCUGUAUGACCGUGGUUCACGACAAGGUCUGGUGUGGCUUCAGGAACAAGAUCUACGUUGUCCAGCCCAAAGCCAUGAAGAUAGAGAAGUCAUUUGAUGCCCACCCCCGUAAGGAGAGCCAGGUGAGACAGCUGGCGUGGGAUGGAGAUGGUAUCUGGGUGUCGAUCCGACUGGACUCUACUCUGAGACUGUUCCACGCCCACACACACCAACACCUGCAGGAUGUCGACAUAGAACCCUACGUCAGCAAGAUGCUGGGUACGGGCAAGCUGGGCUUCUCGUUUGUCAGGAUCACAGCUCUCAUGGUGUCCUGUAACCGUCUCUGGGUCGGCACUGGCAAUGGAGUCAUCAUCUCUAUACCUCUCACUGACACCAAUAAGGUGACGGAGGGGCCAGGUAAACCUGGUGGAACAAUCAGUGUGUAUGGUGAUGAGAACAGUGACAAGGUGACAGCUGGAACCUCUGUACCCUUCUGCUCCAUGGCUCACGCUCAGCUCUGUUUCCAUGGUCACCGAGAUGCUGUCAAGUUCUUCACGGCUGUCCCAGGUCAGGUGAUCCCGUCAGGUGCUGGCGGAGCAGCAGAAGUGGGGAGUGACAAGUUGGUAGAGGAGCACCCUCAACAACAGCAGGAAAGGUCUGUUCUAGUGUUGAGUGGUGGAGAGGGAUACAUUGACUUCAGGAUGGGUGACGAGGCUGGGGAAACUGAGGAGCCACUGGAUGAGCACACUCUGAAGCUGCAGCCUUUCCUGGCUAAAGCUGAGAGGAGUCACCUGAUCGUCUGGCAGGUCAUGGGCAGUCAGGCCUGAACUUUUAACCCUUGAUCUCUAACCCUGCCACAGAGAUGAAGAAUGGGAGGAGCCUGCUCGAAGCAGGAACAAAGCUGGCCAAUCAGAUUCACUCCUCUGCAUGUUUCUUUUUGUUUUACGGUUAUUUUUUAUUUAAUUUGUAAUUUUACUGAUUGUAUUGAAUUUUUAAUUUGAUACAAGCCUGUUGCUCUUCUAUUAUUAUUAUUAUUAUUAUUUUUAUUAUUAUUGAAAACUAAAUCAUUUCUGUUUAUUUAAUUUUCUUAGGUCAUGUUUUACACUUGGUUUUAUAUUGUAUGCCUAGUGUCCAACCAACCCCUUUGUCCAAAUACUGCGUGGUGAUUGGUGGGAAUCAAUGUAGGUUCAGGUUCAGUCUUUGGCCACACCCCUGUCCUCAUCUUUGCUUCCUUUCAGUAAAGGACCGAUGGAACAGAGGAGACAAUACUUUAUGAAACUGUACGAGACACCUGUACACAGGAGAAUAAUAAUGUCGGUGUUUGAACUGCAAAACCAAAUCAACUGCAUGAUGUCCAAUAAGAAAGCAAGUAUUACAGGACAAUCCAGCGAUGGAGCCAAUCGUGUGUGUCCUAAAUGAUACAGGUGUGCUCUUCUUGCAUGAUCAUUUUUAUUUUAUUUUGUGAGAACAUGGAUGUUGAUUUUACGCAAUACAGUUGAAUCAAUUGUCAGUUUUAUGGACUUAGGAUCAGUGUUGUUCUCCAUGACUAUGGUCUAUGGAAAACCUGAUAGAUCGCAGAUCAAUCAUGUCUGCAGCUGCAGGGUCAGAGAAUCACCCUAUUCCAAUACCUAAAAAUGCAUCCUCCCUUCCUAGGGGUAAUUACAACUGGGUUGGAUUGAUGAUUGAGACAGAUUAGUAGUUCAUUACCUCACGGAAGGUAGGUAGGAAGGCAGGGUUGCACUUUAAGUGUGUUUGAACAGGGUCUCUGACUUUAGUUUCUGGGCCGCUGCUCUCCCAUCCUGCUCUCCCAUCUUCCUUCCCAUCAGCUAGAGCUUGCAGACAUUUUACAAAAAUCAACUGUUGCCUUAGGUUUGAAAGUUUUUUUUAAAAAGCAGAAAAAGGAAAUGUUUAACUGCAUUAUGGACUUUUGAAGUGUGACGGAGUAUGUAUCCCUAUGGGAAAGAAUGUUACCAAAGGAAAAAUGAUUUCAGUUGAUCAGAAUAAAGUAAAUGUACAGUGUUGUAGCAGUAUUUUCAACCCGUCUCUCUGUAGAUACAAUAACAUUUUGACAGACCGUCCUUUGUUAUAAGGUUCGUGGUGUAUGGAUAGAUAUAUUUUUAAGCCAUCUCUGCAAAUGCAGAGAUGUGAUUGUGUAUAAUAGCUGGUUUCUCUGCACCUGGAAUCUUUUGUAUGCUGAGAGUAGAUGUUACACAUAGGCACAGAUCUAGGAUCAAUUUACCCUCCGCAAAUCCCAACGUGAACAAUUAGGGGAGGAACAACUCAACACUGACAUUAGAUAAGCGUCUCGGGGCAACGUCUUCCUUUUACCUUUUGUACACUAGGGGACAGAGUGACUGAUCUCUGACCAAACAGGAUCCCUCCUGAUAGGUUGAUAUGAUACUGAAGUGUUCAGAGACUAUUUGAAGCCUAUUUUUAUUAUUGACUUUUUGUAUGUUUGUCUUUUCGACCCUAAUCUGUGUUUGCGUCUAGAUGGGGAGUACGGUAUCAUUUAAUCUGUGGUUGCGUCUAGAUGGGGAGUACGGUGUCAUUUAAUCUGUGGUUGCGUCUAGAUGGGGAGUACGGUGUCAUUUAAUCUGUGGUUGCGUCUAGAUGGGGAGUACGGUGUCAUUUAAUCUGUGGUUGCGUCUAGAUGGGGAGUACGGUGUCAUUUGACACACACUGCCGGAGUCUGGUCUGUGUACCCGCAGAUUGUGCUGGUGAGUGUUACUACGGUGUCUGUCAUGAGGAGUGAACGAGGGCGUGUGUUUUGCCUUUGCUGGUCUGUCUGUCUGUCUGUCUGCUCUCCAGGAGAAGAGACGUUUCAUAUCGCAGUUUAGCCAUUUCAGUAUUUAUUUCUAUGAAAGAGUCUUUGCAGUUCAGAAUGUAACUUUGUACCAUAUGAAAUAUGACUAUGAAUAUAAAUUGUAUAUGAAACAUUGAAAUGGCUUGGGUUUAUUGUUUUGACAAUGAUUGUAAUUGGAAUGGUUGAAUUAGAGAGAGAGACUACUGCGCUAUACACUACCCUGCUUGUACAAAACAUUAAAAACACCUUCCUAAUAUUGGGUAGCACCCCCUUUUGCCCUCAGAAUAACCUCAAUUUGUCUGGCAUGGAUUGUUCAAGGUAUCAAACGUUCUACAGGGAUACAUGUAGACUCCAAUGCAUCCCAAUGUUGUCAAGUUUGCUGGAUGUUCUUUGGGUGGUGGUGGACCAAUCGUGAUACACACAGGAAACUGCUGAGCAUGAUAAACCAUUCUUACCCAUUUAUCCUCUGAAUGCCACACAUACACAAGCCAUGUCUCAAUUGUCUUGAGGAUUAAAAAUUGUAUUUUAA